AUGCAAUUUGCUAGCAGUAGGAUCCUGGAUAAGCAUACAAGCGACCUGUAUCGCAUCACUCAGAAGGCAAAUGAAGCUAUGAGGCAGUACCUGGAUCGGUUCAACAAGGAGAUGAUCUCAGUCAAGAACCUGGAUGUCCCCACCGCUAUCGAAGCAUUCAGGAGAGGCCUAACAUAUAAAUCUAGAUUGUAUUAUGAAUUAACCAGGUACCCCUGCAGCACGUUCGAGGAAGUUAGAGCCAGAGCUAUGGCUGAGAUCCGCUUCGAAGAAGACGAGGAGUCCAGGUACGGGAGCGAGCCCAGCUAUGAUCGAAAGGCCCAGAAUCAGAAGAAAAGUGACUGGCGUCACCAGCCAUAUCAAAAGCGCGAAACCAAUAUUGUAGCCAACAAAGCCACAGAUAAAUCUCCUAACAAUGACUACCCAUCUAUUGCUUCCUACUGCUUUAAUAUGGAUGCAGGAGGCGUAGUAAAUGCGCUCGAUGAGCUGGGGACAACAGCUAGAUGGCCGCGCAAGAGCGACAGACUAGACAGCGAGAAAGACACCACCAAAUGGUGCAGCUAUCAUGGUGACCAUGGCCAUCAGACAGAAGACUGCAAUGCCCUCAAAAAAGAAGUAGCCUGGCUGCUUAAAAAAGGCUAUCUCGAGCAUCUGAUGGGUAAGAAGGGGCAGCGAGAGGACAAAGUUGGUCCCAGCCAGCAGCAACCUCGUCCACCACCUAAACCUCUACACGAUAAGGUAAUCAAUUUUAUCUCUUGUGGUUCAGAAAUAUGUGGACUAACAUACUUUGCAGCUAAAAGAUUCGCUCGAGAAGGCUCCAAAACUGCGCCAAGUCCACUUAGAAGCGUAGAAGAGAAAAAGCUCAGGAGUAUGACCAUCAGUUUCGACGAAGAGGAUGGAGAUGAAGAAGCUGACAAUCAUGACGGCCUCGUCGUGUCUCUCACCGUCAGCAAUUGUCUCAUGAAACGAGUCUUAAUAGACAACGGCAGCUCAGCUAAUAUUAUUUUCAAAAGCGCCCUCGAAAGCAUGGGGCUGCAGGAAGCUGAUAUCCUUAGGAAAGCAACUGUCCUGUUCGGGUUCAAUGGUGAGCCAGCUACAACGCUUGGAGAGAUAGUGCUGCCUACCUAUGCAAAGGGAGUCAACUUGCAAACUAGAUUCAAUGUGGUAGAUUGUCCCUCAGCGUAUAAUAUCAUCAUGAGGACACCGUGGAUCCAUAAAAUGCGAGCUGUACCUUCAACUUAUCAUCAGACUAUCAAGUUCCCUACCAAAUGGGGAGUGCAAGAAUCAGGGGCGAUUGCAAGCUAG